UUCAUAGAAUGUUUAGAAAAGUAGUAAGAUUAUAAAUUUUGCAAUUUAAAAAAAAGAAAGAAUUAUAAAAAGAAAAUAGAAUAGAAUCAAGAAGUAGUGUGUAAAAAGUGAGUAAUUAGUGCAAAAAUUAAUUGAUAAAUCAACAAAACUAGUUUCACGUGUCUAUAUACAACUUUUUCGUAUUUUAACAGAAAGAAAACCCCAAAUGUCAAAACAAAUAUCGGUUAUUUUUACGAUUUUUCCUCUUAUCUGCCUAUUAAAAUACAUUGUCAUGAUAAUAUCACUGAUUAGCUAACAAAUGAAUAAUUAACCAAAUAAGAAAAUGUAAAAUUAUUUAUACAAAUAACAAUCUAACCUAGAAAAAAAAAAAGAACAAUAAUAUAUUUUCUAAAGAAGACAUUUUUUUUAAACAAUUUAUUAUUAUAUAUAAUUACUCAAAAGUUCGAAAAUGAUUGAAUCGGCAUCUUGGAAUCCAAGACGCGAUGAAUCUGUGCAUAAAGCGGCUGGAGCUGCUCAACUUGCAAAAUAUGGACAAUUUUUUGAGAAAUUAGCCGAAACUGCAUGCAAUGAUUUAUCAUCAUUGGAAAAUGUUAUUGAAGGACCGAUUAGAAUUGUUUACAGGCCAGUUGAGGAUAUUAGUCUUUUAUCAUUGGUUGAAACGGAAAAUAAAUUAUUUUCCAAAAUUUUAGCAUCUGUCGCUGGUACUUGUAGGGAAAUACGAAUGCUCAAAGUAGAAUCUAUAAAUUUUCACAAUAAACUAUUUGCCCAAGGUGAAUUAAAUUUAGAUCAUAAUAAUGGCAAUAUUGGAAGUCUUCUUGCCGAUUUACAAGAUCUUUCAACAUAUAUUAAUCGAAUUUACACUGUUAUUCAUUUAACAGUUCAACAAUUGUCGAGUUUAUCUGAGAAUCCACAUGAAAUUUAUCUUCCUCUUUUGAUGGAACAUCUUUUGGAUUUGUUCCUAAUUUUGGUAACUCUAGACGAAAUAAUUGAUUCUCAAUCGUCAAUUGCGUCGCGUUGGAAAAAAUAUCGUAUUCAAGUGCGUUCUGUUUUUCACAAUACAACACAAUUUGCAGUUCCUGAAACACGUUUGGUAACAUUUGAAAAUUUACUUAAAGAAUUACAUCAUCAAUUAUUGUCGAAAACAAUAUUUUUAAAGGCAAUUGAACGUACAAUGGAUAUAAAUAAAAAUUCAAUAAUGGCCGAUCAUUUUUUGUCAUUUUUAAGAAAUACAACAACUGACAUUGAAACAAAAAAUAAUGAGAAUUAUCAUUUAGAUCGAAAUUGGGCACGUGUUAAUAUUGGAAUUGUUGUUGGUUCAAAAUUUUUUGGCACUAAUGAUAAAAAAUUAAUUAAAAGAAUUCAUGAGAUUAAUAAAAAAUAUUAUGCACUCACAUUAUCGGGGAAUGUAUUGUGGAUACCAAAUAAAUUUUUGGAAGAUUUUAUGCCUAAAGAUAGUGUAAGUUCAAUUGGAGUGCAAGUGGGUGAGAAAAUUCUUUUAAUGAAAACACAAAAAUUAUCGUCAACGGCAAAUUCAUUGAUACAUCGCGCAAUGCUUUGGACCAUACAAAUUCAAAGUAUUAUCUAUAAAAAUGGAUUUCAAGUUUUACAAAUAGAACGACAAUGUUUUUUACUUAAGGAAGUUUUAUUGAUAAUGAGACUGAUUAGGGAAAAUGUGAUUUUUAUCACAAAUUUACAUGCGGCUCUAUCGAAACCAAUGACACGGAAUACUGUUCAACUGAUUUGCAGAUUAAUUGAAGUGCAAAAAUGUUUGGAAACAACAUUUCACACAUUAGGACCAGUAAUAGUACAAUCACAAUGUAAAGUAUUGCAGCAAGUGAGUUAUUAUAUUCUUCGUAUUUUAGAUACAAUUCGUAAAGGCCUAACACAAAAGGACAAGGGCUAUAGACGCGAGAGACUCGAUGCAUUGUCAUUAAUUGGUUUGAGUAUGCGUUUAAUGAGUGGUGCUGCAACCGCAGAUCGUCGUUUAAUUGUACGUUGUUCACUCGCUUGUGCAAGUCAAUUGACCGAUAGUUUUAAAGACGAGGAUGUCAUUAAAUUACGACUCUAUCUCGAUAAUUAUGAUACAAUUGCCGAACUUUACGAUCGUAUUUGUCACACAUGCGAUUAUUCUGUUCUAAUGCAUCAUCAAAAUAUGCUUGCCGCUUAUUUAACAACUGUUUUUGAAAGUAAUCAAAAUAUAAGUCACAUUAUACAUUUAUUCGAUGCAUUUCAAACGGCAAUAAUACGUCAUGGACAAUUUGCCAAAACGGGUACAAAAAUUAUCGAUCAAAAGGAAAUGUUAAUGAAAAAUAUUCUUGAACCUGCGUGUAGUCGUGAAAUUGAAAUAAAUCUUCGUCUCGAUGUUCAUACACAUUUUAAGCCAGAUUCAACGAAUCCAUUUAAAAUUGGUGCAAAAAAUAGUAGUCGACUUGUGAGAUCAAUGCCAUUGGUUAAUGAUAAUAAAUUAAUAUCGGUAAAAAGAUUUGUUGAACACUAUUUGGAUGAUAUGUUUUAUAAUUUAACAACAGUUGCAUUACACGAUUGGAAAAGUUAUGGUACAAUGCAUGCAUUGGCAAAAUAUAAAUUUGGUCUUGAGACAAUAAAAAAUCAUUUACCAACACAAACAUUGGAGCAGGGACUCGAUGCAUUAGAAAUAAUGAGAAAAAUACAAAUUUUUGUCUCGAAAUAUCUUUAUAAUUUACAUACACAAACAUUUAUUGAGCAUACAAGUGCAAGUAAACAUUUAAAUACAAUUGGAAUAAGACAUAUUGCAAAUUCAAUAAGAACACAUGGUACGGGAAUAAUGAGUACGACUGUAAAUUUUGUUUAUCAAUUUUUACGCAUUAAAUUACAUACAUUUUCACAAUUUUUAUUUGAUGAACACAUUAAAUCGCGUUUGAUGCGCGAUAUUCGUUUUAUAAAAUUACAACGUGAAAAUAAUGCAAUUUCACCUUAUCCCUAUGAGAGAGCUGAGAAAUUUCAAAAAGGAAUACGUAAAUUAGGAAUGUCUGCCGAUGGUUUAAGUUAUCUUGAUCAAUUUCGUUUAUUAAUCACUCAUAUUGGCAAUGCAUUGGGUUAUGUACGUUUAAUAAGAUCAGGUGGUAUGCACGCGUGUUCAAAUGCAAUUUCAUUUUUACCCGAUAUCAAUUCAAAGGUGAAUUUUGAAAUGAUGUGUAAAAAUUUAAAUUAUUCAAAAACAACGCAAGCUGCUGCCAAAAGAUUAGAGGACGAUAUUGAAAAUCUUGUGAGAAAUUUUAAAGAGGGUAUACAAUAUUUUAAAUUGUUGGUCGAUGUUUUUUCAUCGGCAUUUCGUGAUAUUAAAUCAUUUCAUUUACAACAAUUUUAUGCAAUUUUACCGCCAUUAACAUUGAGUUUUGUUGAUAAUGCAGUGGCGAAUAAGGAGAAAUUAUUUAAAAAAGAUAAAACUGGCGCUGCAUUUACAGAUGAUGGAUUUGCAAUGGGCGUUGCUUAUAUAAAUGCAUUAUUAAAUCAGAGUAAUGAACUUGAUGGAUUGGAGUGGUUUGAAACUGUUAAUAAAUAUAUAAAAGCGCAAAGAGAACAAACUGAGGGUAAAAGUGAUUGUCAAGAUGAAAAACUUCAACAGACACGUGCAUUAACGUUAAAACGAUUAAAUGAUAGAAGCGAUGAAUUUCAAUUGUUGUAUUAUAGUUUGUCGGGUGCAAGAAUAUUUUUCAAACAACCUGAUUCGUAAUUUUAUUUGAAAUUGAAAUUCAGUUUUUAAAAUCAAAAUUAGAGGCUAUUUAUUUUAAAAAAAAAAAGACCGUUGCGAUUUAUGCGAUUUAUUGAAACAAAAAUUUUAAUAAUUUAUAUGACAGGCAUCACAGUUCCUUUUUUACCUUUUUGUACUUAUUUUUGAUGAUUUGUCACCCUUUUUUCCCUUUUUUUUUGAUGAUUUGUUCCCCUUUUCACUUUUUUUAAAUAACAAAAAUGUAGAAUUUUUUUUGUAAAUAUUUUGAAUUAUGUUUAUAACAUACUAAUUUAUUUAAUUUAAAUAUUGAAAAUUCUUUCUUCAACGACAAUAUUUUACAUUGUUUUUCUUAUUUGAAUGCUUAUAAUAUAAAAAUCCAUCGAAGUGUAAAAAAAUUGAUUUUCCAUGUUGUAUUAAUUCUGCAAUAUUUAUUAUUUACUUCACUAUUUUUUUUCUACUGUUAUACUAUUUACAAUUUAACUAAAAUUUUUUAUGUUACUCAGGAUGUCUAACAACUGCUAGGAAAAAAAAUUCCCUGACUUUUCCCUGACCUAAAUUCAACUAAAAAAUUUUUAUUUUGAUCAAAUAAAAUUUAUUUUGAUACAAUUAAAUCAUUCACCUGUCUAUUAUCCACUAAUUUCAAAUGUGUUUGAACCAAAUAAAUAAUGUUUCGUAAACAAAAUAAUACAUAUUUAAGUGAAAUAAAUAAACUAAUUGGAGACGUAUAAAUAUUCUCAACAUUUAAUUUAAAAAAAAAAUUUUUACGGCGACAAAUCUUAAAUUAUCAAAUUUUUAUUUAGUAAAAUUAAAUAAAGCAGAUAUUCUA